CAGGUCCCGCCCCGUUGCCCUGCACACGUGGUCUGGGCCACAACCCCUCGGUACCUCUGGUGUUCCGGUCUCUUGCCGGGCUUCCUUCUCCACUUUCUAGGGGCUUCUUUCUUCUUGCUUCAGGCUGCACGAGGUUGACUGCUUCGAAAUUCUUGCGGAGCUGUCGGAAGCCAGGACGGUGCCGGGGGCGUAGUCGGCGCCGCUUCCCUACCAGUAGGCCUAUUUCUGUGGUAGCAUCUGGUAGGGAAAUGGUCGUGCUUUCUGUGCCCGCUGAAGUAUCUGUGAUCCUGUUAGAUAUCGAGGUACCACAACCCCCGAUUGCUUUCGUGAAGGACAUUUUAUUUCCUUACAUCAAAGAAAAUGUUAAAGAGUAUUUGCAGAUACACUGGGAAGAAGAGGAGUGUCAGCAGGAUGUCAGUCUUUUGAGGAAACAGGCUGAAGAGGACUCCCACCUGAUUGGGGCUGUUCCGAUCCCUGCUGCAUCUGAGAAUGGGGCAGAUGACCCACAACAGACGAUCCAGGCUGUGGUAGAUAAUGUGUGCUGGCAGAUGUCUCUGGACCGAAAGACCACGGCACUGAAACAGCUGCAGGGCCACAUGUGGAGGGCAGCAUUCACAGCGGGGCGUGUGAAAGCAGAGUUCUUUGAAGAUGUAGUUCCAGCAGUCAGGAAGUGGAGAGAGGCUGGAAUGAAGGUGUAUGUUUACUCUUCAGGGAGUGUAGAGGCACAGAAACUAUUAUUUGGGUAUUCUACAGAGGGAGAUAUUCUUGAGCUUAUUGACGGUCACUUUGAUACCAAGAUUGGACACAAAGUGGAGAGUGAGAGUUAUCGAAAGAUUGCAGACAGCAUUGGGUGCUCAACCAGCAACAUCUUGUUUCUGACAGACAUCACUCCAGAAGCCAGUGCUGCUGAGAAAGCAGAUGUACAUGUAGCUGUGGUGGUAAGACCUGGCAAUGCAGGACUAACAGAUGAUGAAAAGACUUACUAUAGCCUCAUCACAUCCUUCAGCGAACUGCACCUGCCUUCCUCAUGUUAGAGGAGGACUUCUAAGGAAGUCUGAACUGUCUUCACAGAAUUGUCCAUGUAGUGUAGUUUUAUUAUUCUAAUGGUAAAAAGAACUUACGUUUAUGUAUGCAAGUAUAUAUGUGUGUGUUCAGAUUACCUUUCAUAGGCACAGAAGUGAAGGGAGAAAUCUCAGUUCAGUGAAAAGGAAACUAAUUUAAAGGCGCUUUAUGUGUAGAAAUUGUUUGAAAUUAUAACUCUCACCCUUAUCGAGGGUAAAAUGUAGUUGAGAGAAGAAAUUACUGUAAUACAGAUCCAAUGUGUUAUGUUUAUCAAGUUACGUACUAAAAUAGAAAGACAGGUUUGAGAACUUAUUCAGAAGCCUUGGUAUUUUAAAAACUGGAAGUAUUUCAAAGACUUAUUCCUAAUAAUUCAGCCCUCUUUUAAUUAUGAGUUAGAAGAUUACAGCAGCUGAAUUUCAAAAUAUUAGCUGCCUACAUACAAAAGACAAAGUUAUUUCUGUUCCAGAAGAGACAAAAUGGGGAAAGGAAGCUUAUUUGCAUCUUGAUCAAACAUCUGUUACUUAAAAAACUUGCAAAUCAUUGUUGCAUCCUCAGUUGCCUUAUCAGUGAAAAAGGUGCACUGAUGUAACAGGUAAAAUAGGAACGUGGCUCUAAACCUGCCUGUUGUUACAGAUUUUGUAGUUGCCUUUCUGACUCCUUCUUAGCACAGUUUGAGAAUAUGUUAAUGCUGUUUACUAUUUUUUUUAAAGUUGAUUGAAAUUAGUUUGUAAGACCUAGAAGAGCCCUACUAUGUACUAUUUUCCUUGAAAUGGAUUCAAGAAGUAUAUAAAUUUUAUAAAGCAUCAUUUAUCCUGGUUCAAUUCUAAUAGGAUGUCAUGUUAAUUUCAUGUUGUGCUUAAUAAAAAAUUUUUCUUUACUCA